AUGGCAGUCACCAAGGAAGCAGUUCAAACCAACCAAGGGGAUAGACUGUUGAGUAACGUCCAGAGAUUCCUCGAAUCCUCCAAAUAUUCCGACGUCACGAUCCAGACAAAAGAUACCAAAUACAAUGUCCACAAACUGGUUCUCUCUGGCCAGUCUCAAUACUUCGAACGACUCUUCGAUGGAUAUUGGAAGGAGGCAAAAGAGAAAACUAUCGUCCUGCAUGAUGACAAUCCCGACGUCGUCAAAGCCAUGAUUCUGUUCAUGUACGGCUUUGACUAUGCGCAAAGGUGCAAAAGCGAUUCGGCACUCUUCCAUGCAUCGAUCUACUGCGUGGCUGAUAAAUACUUGUUAACUGCCUUGAAGUCGACAGCAAAGGCAAAGUACGAUGCGGCGGUUGAGAGAUCCCUCCUGGAGAAAACCCUUCUACAUCUCAUACCAGAGCUAUAUAACGAUUUCCCUUGUCUAGACAAUGCCCUACGCAAGACGGUGAUAGAUAUCUGCUCGAAGUAUUCCUCUUACUGCAAUGAACAGCAGGAGUUCGAAACAGUUCUGGAACAGGUCCCUGAGUUCGCGAUAGAUUUCGCAUUAGCUCUGGCCAGAAAGGAUACGAAGAAAUGGACUCUUAUCUGUUGUUGCUCUUGCUAUGGCAAUUUUCUUGCUGAGAACUACCAACUCAGAUGCCCGAAAUGUGUUGGACCAUAG